UCCAAGGCAUUCCUUGCUCACAAUGUAUAGAACAAAAGUCAGUUUGAAAGACCGUCAGCAACUUUAUAAACUGAUAAUUAGUCAGCUGCUAUAUGAUGGAUACAUAAAUAUUGCCAAUGGCUUGAUAAAUGAAAUAAAACCACAAUCAGUGUGUGCACCAUCCGAACAACUGCUGCACCUAAUUAAGUUAGGAAUGGAGAACGAUGACAGUGCUGUUCAAUAUGCAAUUGGACGGUCAGAUACAGUAGCUCCCGGCACAGGAAUUGACUUGGAAUUUGAUGCAGAUGUACAGACCAUGUCUCCUGAGGCUUCUGAAUAUGAGACUUGUUAUGUCACAUCUCAUAAAGGACCGUGUCGUGUAGCUACGUAUAGCAGAGAUGGACAGUUAAUAGCUACAGGAUCUGCUGAUGCCUCAAUAAAAAUUCUCGAUACAGAGAGAAUGUUGGCCAAAAGUGCUAUGCCUAUAGAGGUCAUGAUGAAUGAGACAGCACAGCAAAACAUGGAAAAUCACCCCGUUAUUCGGACUCUGUAUGAUCAUGUGGAUGAAGUUACGUGUUUAGCUUUUCAUCCAACAGAACAGAUCCUAGCAUCUGGUUCAAGGGACUACACACUUAAAUUGUUUGAUUAUUCAAAACCUUCUGCCAAAAGAGCCUUCAAAUAUAUACAGGAAGCAGAGAUGUUGCGCUCAAUUUCUUUUCACCCUUCUGGAGAUUUCAUACUUGUUGGUACCCAGCACCCUACUUUACGACUGUAUGAUAUCAAUACUUUCCAGUGUUUUGUGUCUUGCAAUCCUCAAGAUCAGCACACUGAUGCUAUAUGUUCAGUAAAUUACAACGCAAGUGCAAACAUGUAUGUGACAGGAAGUAAGGACGGAUGCAUCAAACUGUGGGAUGGUGUUUCGAAUCGCUGUAUCACCACUUUUGAGAAGGCGCAUGAUGGAGCUGAAGUCUGUUCUGCUAUUUUUUCCAAAAAUUCAAAGUAUAUCUUGUCAAGUGGAAAAGACUCUGUAGCUAAACUAUGGGAGAUAUCCACUGGUCGAACACUGGUCAAAUACACAGGAGCUGGUUUGAGUGGACGACAAGUACACAGGACACAAGCUGUCUUCAACCACACAGAAGAUUACGUGCUGCUUCCAGAUGAAAGGACCAUAAGUCUCUGCUGCUGGGACUCAAGAACUGCUGAACGGAGAAAUCUUCUUUCUCUUGGGCACAACAGCAUUGUCCGUUGUAUUGUCCAUUCUCCUACCAAUCCUGGCUUCAUGACCUGCAGUGAUGACUACAGGGCUAGAUUCUGGUACAGAAGAUCAACGACAGACUAAGGACAGCUUUAUAAAACAGUGAUUAUCCAGAUUCAUUAUGUCAUCUUGUAUUGAUUGUACUGCCAGCAGAUGCCUAGAUGAAAGCCGUGCUGUGUCUGUUUUUCAGUUCUGUCAAACGUGGCAGAAAAAUAUCAAAAUACUGAGACUAAGCUUUGCCCCACGCUAAUUUUUUUAUUAGUGUGUGUGGUAUUAAUUUUUGUAAGUCAUCUCUAGUUGUACUCAAGGAGGAGGGAGGGAGAAUAAAAUGAUCCUUGCAGGAAGGAUUACACUUAUUCUUCUGUCUCUCUAAAUCCCGCGAAAGAUAAUGUGACUGUAUCUUGCUCAAACUGGGCAGUAUGAGCCAGUUUUGCUCUGCAUUGUAUCUGUGCAAUCCCACCGAAGUCUGUUUAGAAAAUGGAUUACACAAGUAACAGCAGAACUUGGCAGAUAUUUUAAUGAAGCCUUAAGCUGCCUCCAGUUCUGAAUCA